AUGUUAUCCAUGAAUAUCUCUAACGAUGAUUUUAUUAGGACUACAGAAGAGCGCCAUAAGCAAACAGUAAUAUAUUUAUGGCAACAAUUAGUAAGUAGCAAUAAUAUUUACCUUAGCUCUUAUAAUGGUUGGUAUUCCCUACGUGAUGAAGCAUUUUAUAAUGCAUCCGAAGUAGUAGAUGGACUAGCUCCUACUGGAGCACCGGUUGACUGGGUAGAAGAGCCUAGCUAUUUCUUUCGCUUAUCAAAGUGGCAAGGUAAAUUGCUUGAGUUUUAUUCUAAUAACCCUAAUUUUGUUAAGCCAGCUACUAGAUAUAAUGAAGUAAUUAGCUUUGUUAAAUCUGGGCUUCAUGAUCUCUCUAUUUCUCGUUCUAGCUUUAAAUGGGGGAUAAAAGUCCCAGGUCAUGAUGAGCAUGUUAUAUAUGUAUGGCUAGACGCUCUUACCAACUACAUUUCUGCGUUAGGGUACCCAUAUCCUUGCGAUAAUUAUCAUAAGUUUUGGCCAGCUGAUGUUCAUGUUGUAGGUAAAGAUAUUUUACGUUUUCAUGCGGUAUACUGGCCAGCAUUUCUUAUGGCUGCUGGGCUUGAACCUCCUCGCUGCAUAAUGGCCCACGGAUGGUGGACAAAUGAUGGCCAAAAAAUCUCUAAAUCUAUAGGCAAUGUCAUUGAUCCUAUAAAAUUAAUAGAAGAGUUUGGCCUAGAUCCUGUAAGAUUCUAUUUAAUACGCGAAGUAAUACUCGGAUCAGAUGGUAACUUUUCCCGCAAUAAUUUUAUUAAUAGAGUAAAUAGCGAGCUAUCCAAUAAGAUCGGCAAUUUGUUACAGAGAACAUUAACUUUAACCUAUAAAAAUAAUGAAGGCCGGCUACCAUUAAUUAGCGAAGAUAUCCUAAAUAAAAUUUAUAGUUCACCUUUAAUUAUAAGACUUGAGAAAUCAGUUUUAAAAAAUUCCUCAUUGAUGAGCUCAUUUGAUAUUAAUGCAGUACUAACUAGUAUUAUUAACGUAGUAGAGGAAGCAAAUAUAUAUAUAGACCAAGAAGCACCUUGGAAUUUAAAGGAAACCGACCAUAGUCAAAUGUCUGAAAUCCUCUAUACCUUGCUAGAACUAAUUAGAUAUAUAGCUAUAAUGUUACAACCAUUUGUCCCUAA